GAGUCCGGAGUAUAGCGUGUGAAGGAAAAUGGAUCCGUACGUCAGACGUAACGGGUAAAGAGUCGGUUGACGUUUAUAGCGAACUUCUUAGUGAUUUUUUUUCUUCUAAAGUAUAUAAUAUUCGGUGCUAAGUGAAUUUGAUUCUGAUAUUUUAAGAGGGGCACUGCUGCAAUGAUGUCGGAUCGAAAAGCAGAAUUAGAACGGAAGAAGGCCAAGCUGCAGGCGAUUCGAGAGGAAAAGGAAAGGCGGCGUAAAGAAAAGGAACAAAAAGAUGUUGAGGAAGCGACUGUACGUGCUGCAGGUGCCGAUAAAGACCAUCGGAAAGACUUAGAUGCCAUGUUAUCAUCCCUUGGGGUAGCACCAGUAUCAGAUGUAUUAUCCAGUCUCUCUAGUAUGAACUCUUUGACGCCAGAGCAAAGUGCCAAUGCUACACCAGACGCAAGUUUACAACCUUCCAGUAUCAAUUCUGUUCAAAGUAUUCCAGGAAGGCGAAAGGCUCCACGUGAUUUAACAGCUGUUUCUGUGGCGCAUACCGAUAUACCACCCAAGGAACCUGUGGUAUAUAGUAAGCAGACGCAAACUGCUCAGACGACGCACACUUCACACGACGGACUGUCCACCUCUUCCUCCGCAUACUCGAUCUUCUCCUCCUGUUCAACAACCACACCAACUCACUCUUGCUCCGCAGGCUACUUUGAGACCGACUGGUGGCGUCCCAGGAAAGGUGGGUCUGCACCAAACUACCUAUCUCAUGCAUUCGGCUAUUACGACGAGUACAAUCUAAAUCCUGGUUUAGAGUGGGAGGACGAGUUUACAGCCGAGGAUGAAGAAAGCAGUCUGCCCCACAUGGAUGGAUUCCAAAGUAAACUUCCACCUGGAAUUUUGCCUCAUGGACUACCGCAAGUCAAAGAGGUUCAACCGGCCGUUACGCAAGUCGAACAGGAGAAGGAAAAAGAAAAACCCAAAGAAGUAAGAGAGCUUAGCGAGGAAGAAAAAUUGAUGACUAUCCUCUCGGAAGAAUUUCAACGAUUCUUGGACCGUUCGAGCAGAGUGGUGGAAAGAGCUCUCGGUGAAUCGGUAGAUAUUUACACAGAUUAUACUGGUAUAAUCGAUGGAGAAGAUGGAAUUGAUGAAAAGAGUCAUCAGCGUCUAUCGCUGAAUCGUUCAUUUUUCUGUGAUCGAUGGUCACGUAAUCGCUGCAUUACUUCGUUGGAUUGGUCACCGCAAUUUCCAGAACUGUUGGCUGCUUCUUACAAAAACAAUGACGACACACCAAAUGAUCCAGAUGGAGUUUGUUUAAUCUGGAACACUAAAUUUAAGAAAACAACACCUGAAUACAUUUUUCAUUGCCAGUCGUCAGUAAUGGCAACAACCUUUGCUAGGUUUCAUCCAAAUUUAAUUUUGGGUGGCACCUAUUCGGGACAAAUUGUUCUGUGGGAUAAUAGGGUUCAAAAAAGGACCCCCAUUCAGCGUACUCCACUUUCAGCGUCUGCACACACGCAUCCUGUGUAUUGUUUAAGCGUAGUAGGAACUCAGAAUGCGCACAAUUUGAUCAGUAUUUCAACAGAUGGAAAAUUAUGUUCGUGGAAUUUAGACAUGUUGUCCCAUCCUCAAGAAACGCUUGAGCUUCAAGCAAGACAGUCGAAACCAGUCGCUGUAACUUCGCUUGCUUUUCCAAGCGGAGAUGUCAACAAUUUUAUCGUUGGCAGUGAAGACGGUACUGUUUAUUCAGCUUGCCGUCAUGGGACCAAAGCUGGUGUCACAGAAACUUACGAAGGACACUUAGGACCUGUUACCGGAGUCAGUGCUCAUGCAGUUCAAGGGGGCAUUGAUUUCUCUCAUCUGUUUUUAACUUCGUCUAUUGAUUGGACGAUUAAAUUGUGGAGUUUGAAAGAGAACAAGCCUUUAUACUCAUUUGAGCACAAUGGAGAUUAUGUGUACGAUGUUGCAUGGUCUCCUACACAUCCUGCUCUAUUUGCAGCUGUUGAUGGAUCUGGUCGUUUAGAUUUAUGGAAUUUAAAUCAGGAUACAGAGGUUCCAGCAGCGAGCGUAAUCGUUGAUGGAUGUCCUGCUUUAAACACAGUCUCUUGGACGCCAAGCGGACUGCAUGUUACUGUGGGCGAUGAUACUGGGAAAAUAUGGGUUUACGAUGUAGCUGAGAAUUUCGCUCAUCCACGAAUCGACGAAUGGAAUAAUUUCCUCUACACCCAGCAAGAUCUGAAGAACAACAAGGCUGAUGAAGAGUUGGAUAAGCUCAACUUGAGUUCAGGCCCUUCAUCUUUGAUAUCCAUGCCAUCUUUGUCGGGUCCGAUCAGAUAAAAAUAUAUUGAAGCUCAGUGAUUUAUUAACUUAAUUACCUAAUUACUCAGAAACUAAUUGUACCACUUGAUAACUAGAAAGAAACAGCUUACCGCAGAUAAAACUCACUCUUUUACGGUCAAAGUCAAACGUUACAAAACAAAUUUGGAGUAAUAUACAUUUAUAUAUUACUAUAUUAAUGUUGUAGUCAAAAAAAUAAAUCAUUACUAUGCAGUUAUUGUAGCAAAGUGAAUCAUACUAAUGUGAAACGUAAAGGAUAACCAUUGUACUGAUAGAUAUUCUUCAUUUUGACGAGACAGACUGAUCGGACGUUUAAUACAAGUAAGCAAUUGAUAUCAUUUUGUGGUACUGCUCUGUGUUACAAAUCAAAGUCGUCUAAUUUAAAUCCUCGAACCUGUAUUGUGAAUUAUAAACUCAGCAAUGAAACUUAGUCUGUCAAACUCAGAGUGAAUAAAUGAAUUAAACUGAAAAAAUGGAUGAAAAAACACGCAGUAAACUUGAACACUGCAAUUAUUAUAUAAUACUCAGUACAGAUGAUUCGAGUAUAUUUUUAAUGCUUUAUAUGUAAAUAAUACGAUUUAAGAGUCACGCUAUACUUUAUAACAGAGCAGAAGACGUAAUUCUAAUGGUGGAAAAUCUAAUCGAGAUCCGGGUGAAAAAUCAGCAUCCAUAAUUGAAGAUCUCAACGAAAAAUGUCUCGUUAUAAAAUCCAUUGUUCAUUAAUGAAAUAGCUUAAGUUUGAUUAUUAUGGUGGAAAGCGCGUUUUGCUAAAAUCUAUUUCCAUGCCCUGUAACAAAUUUUUUAAUAAACAUGUUACCUUAAUAAUAUUCGCGUUGCACGAAUAAUCUCAAUAACUAUUUAUGAAAAGAAAAAAAAAAAGUAAAAUUAUACUGACAAUGGAAAUACAUUAUGAUGAAAGUUGUGUCAACAUGAACCGUGA